GAUAUACGACUGCAUACAUAAAAACGCUCUCUCUCUACCCCCAAAAAACCCAACCGUCUUCUCAAAAUCGCUCCGGCCAUGAGGCUCGCCGGCAGGUGUGCGGCUCACCGCCCAUGCCAUUAUGUCGGCGAGCCUCCGAUCUUCCUCCUUGAGGUGUUUUUUUUUCUUUUUUCGCUUUGGUUUUUUGUCCGGUCGACCUAGCUUUUUGCGCCGCUUCCCCUCUCCGGCCGCCGCUAUUCCUCACCGGCCUUGUUGUCGGCUUGCCGCCUCUCUUAUUCCCCGCUUCCCCGCCGUGUCUCUGCUCCACCGCCUUAGCCGUCGUCGUCGCGACGUUUUGCAGGAGAACGGGGAGGGAGAGCUAUCUCCCUCUAAGUCCCUCGCAUAGGGCCGUUCUCAGUCUGGUGUUUCCGGUCGUCGUUGCCGCGGUUCAGGGUUGUGUGGGGUUUGGGCUUCUCGGGCAGGUUCCUGCGGGUCGGGCUUUCCUGUACGGUGGUUUGUGGGUUAGGUUGGUGAACCUUGGUGCUUGGAUGGUGGUUCUCGGAUUGGCUGCGGGGUCGUUUGCUAGGGUUUCGUUUGUAGUUCUCGUUUUUAAUUUUCUGUCCGUUUCUUAUUUUAGUCGUUGUGUGUGUUGUUCUUUAGGGUUUGUUAUUUUUUCUUCUUGUGUGGUGCGUUUGUGUGCUAUGGGGUGUGCAGAUCGGUGUGCCGAUCUUCUGGUGCAUGUUUUGAACCGGGUUUUUUGGCUAUGAGGCUUUGGUUUGAUCUUCUGUUGGUUUGGGCUGAAGGGUUAUGCUUCCAAGCUGGGGUCCGUGUUUGAAUCAGAGAUUGUAUUGUCAAUGGUGAAGUGUAUAGCACCAAGUUUGAUUUCUGGUCGAGGAGUACGGGAUUCUGAGUCAAUGAAGGUUCACGUCAGAAACUACAACAUAUUGCCAGACCCCCUUGCAAGAGGCUGCAUAGGACAGCGUUAUAUGAGCCAAGGAUAUUUCAGAAAGUCAUUUUGCGCGUGCAAUUGUAGUUUCCUUUAUUUCGAACUUGAAAUUGGUUCUUUUGUCUUUGUAUUGUUCGAUUACGAUUUCUUAUGUAAGUGCCGUAUGGCUUACUAUUAAUGAAUUUUAACCUCCCCCUUCAAAAAAAAAAAAAAAGUUUAAUUUUUCUGCCAACUAAACUCCUCUUAAACACCUGAAUUCGAACCUUGCUUAGGCUAAUCCAAUUGCCCUCAAUUAUUUAUUUAUUUUAUUUUUUCACUUCUUUUUCUCUCUCUAGAAAUCCCCAAAUUGAGCUAGGGUUUCCGAUCUUUCUUCAAUGCUUGUUCAAGUAUAUCAGACAUAUGCUUAAUAUGGCAUAUUCGAUCAGUUUUCUCUUCAACGAAAAGAGCUUCUAAACUAAGUUGGCUGAGUAAGUUCUGCAAAUGGAAUUGCUCGGUGGCCCUGCAACCAGUCCCUGCUUUCCUGGUGCAAGGAAAAAGAGAAGUAACUUUAAUAGGCGACCUCAUCAUGAUUUAAAGACAAUUACCAAUUUCCUUAAUGAUUUCUCUGUGCCUAACUCACCAACAGAGUAUGAAGAGCAUGAAGCCAUUAGCUUGCAUUGCUCAAAUGGCAACUCAGGGACGGGGAAUGAUUUUGAAACUUACCAUCCUCCUCCUGGUGAUCACAACAGGUCUGACAUAAAGAAGCUGAAGAAAGUGAAGCUAAAGCUUGGUGGCAUCACCCGUACACUUCAUACCAAACCCAUGACGGAGAUUGCAUUAGGGGGUGAACCACUUGGUAUAAGAUCUUUUGAUUCACAUGACGUCUCUGGUGCUCACCUAAAACAGGACUUCCCCGGGUACAGUGCUUUCGAUGCAAAAGAGAACUUUUCAAGGAGAUACGUGAUUCAAAACAGGGAUGCAGUGUAUAAAUCAGGUCAUAAGAGCAAGCAAGCUUCCAAGAAAGUUGAUGUGGAAGAGGGAUUCGAUGAUGAAGAUGAUGAGGAAAUUCGUUACCUGAAGAAACUCAGAGCAUCCAGGGCUUCUUCUGGCUAUGAGGACAAGCAAGAGGAAAUUGGCAGGAAAAGUAAAGGGAUAGUAAAUCUUAUGGGUUUAGCUCAUAGUGAUACAAAAGAUGGUAGAAAGAAGCUGAGAAUGCACAAGGAUAAUGACUUUGAAGUGGAGCUGACUUCAGACGAUGAGCUCAAGAGCAAGAGGAAAAGGCUUACUGGAGAAUCUAUUGAUCCUAAUGGGCAAGAGUUGACCAUUACUACACGUAAAAGAGCUCUUGAGUGUCCUGAAUCUGGCGGUCUGGUGGAAUUCCCAAAUGGCUUGCCCAAUGCCCCUUUCAAAAAGCAAAAGCUUUCUGAAGUAGAGCAACAACUGAGGAAAGCUGAAAUUGCACAAAGGCGUCGAUUUCUGGCUGAGAAGGCAGCUAAGGAAGCUGAGGAUGAAGCAAUCAGAAAAAUACUCGGACAAGACUCUAACCGGAAGAAAGGAGAGAAGCUGAAGAAGCAACAGGAAGAACUAGCUCAGGAGAGGCUUGGCAAGACUGCAGCACUUGGACCCAAUACAGUGAGAUGGAUCAUAGGUCCACAUGGAACAGUUGUUACUUUCUCUGUUGAUAUGGGGCUACCAAAGAUACUUGAUCCCUUGCCCUGCAGAUAUCCUCCACCACGUGAAAAAUGUGUUGGACCAAAUUGUACUAAUGAAUACAAGUAUCGGGAUUCUAAAUCGAAACUCCCUCUGUGCAGCCUGCAUUGCUACAAAGCAGUGCAAGGAAAUGUGGAACUUCUGCCUGCUUGCUGAUCUUAACAGUGUGGUGCCCUUUUUUGUCCAGGAUGACCUCAUUUUACUGUAGAUGAUGUUCAUAGUAAUUUGACCUCGGAAAUCCUACCGGCAGCAAGGAUUAAUCUCUAUGUUAGCUUAGAUUAGAACUUGUGACAAGAUGAUGUAUGGAAUAGAACUUGUGACAAGACGAUAUUUUUUGGUAGUGUAACCUGAAAUUCUAUUGCUAUGUAAAUAUAAUAGAUCAACAGUAACAGAUGCUGUAGCAUAGUAACUGAUGAGAAUGUGUAAUUUAGAACAUGAAUGUGCUACCAUAUGGUAUCUUCUAAUUUUACCUAGUACGUACUUCGGUGCGUAAUGAUUUGUA